AUGACGUCCGCAGCUCCUCCCCCCAACCAGGCUUUACAGCCCACGAGCACCUCGACCGCACCCACCGGGCCUUCGACUCCGAACAAGAGAGACUUGAAGUCGUGGUGGAAAGGCUUCAAGUUGCCCUCGAAGCACCAGGAACAUCACGGUAGAGCCCCUUCUACUUUCGCAUUGCAACCUUCGCCCCCAUCACAACCUGUCUUCAGUGAAGAUGUCGACGAAGCAAUUGAUACAUCGACCACGCCUCUAAGCCACAUCCUCUUGUUGCAAGACGCCUACGUCGUCGAGCCCAGCAGUCCUCCCCAACCCCCAGCCUGCGCUUCAAGUGAUGCGACAGCGUUCACCUCCAUUAACCCGGCUUGGGUGCUCAACAGGCUGUCCCUGUCCAUCACCACGCCUGUGCGCCAGUGCGCCAAGCGGAUCCGCGCAGCUAUACCAUUCGCCUUUACUUCAGGUGCUAAACGUUGUACAGCAGACAACCGACCACAUGGUAUCUUCGGCGUCCCUCUCCGCCAGAGCAUCACUUAUGCCAACGUCGCCAUCUCCCUCGUCGAUGAGAACGGAAAAAGCUACAUUUAUGGCUACGUACCGAUCGUCGUUGCCAAGUGUGGCGUAUUUCUCAAGGAAAAAGCCACAACAGUAGAGGGUAUCUUCCGUCUCAGCGGCUCCGAGAAGCGCAUCAAGGAACUGAAGCAGAUCUUCGACUCCCCCGAUCGCUACGGAAAGGGCCUUGUGUGGGACAACUACACUGUCCACGAUGCAGCCAACGUCCUCCGUCGAUACCUGAACGACCUACCUGAACCGGUUGUGCCGUUGGACUUGUACGAGAAAUUCCGGGAACCACUGCGAGGCGCCACGAGGCAAGCGGUGGGUGAUGCUGAAGGACCCCAAUUCGUAGAGGACUUCGACGAGCAGGCCGCCAUCGUCAAGUACCAAAAACUCAUCACCGAGCUCCCGCCGCUGAACCGACAGCUACUGCUCUACAUCCUAGAUCUCUUGGCCGUUUUCGCCGCCAAGUCGGAGGAGAACCGAAUGAACUCCCAGAACCUUGCGGCCAUCUUCCAACCCGGUAUGCUCUCGCAUCCGCAACAUGCCAUGGCGCCGGAAGAGUACCGCCUGAACCAAUGCGUCCUCAUCUUCCUCAUUGAAAACCAGGAUCAUUUCUUGAUCGGCAUGCAGGGCACAGCCACAGACGAAAAGACGAAGCAGUUGAUCGAAAAAGGCACACCCCCUGCUGCAAGUGGGCCGGUAACUCCUAACCCUAACAGGAAGUCGGGUCUGGGUCGUUCUGCGUCUAAUGCAAGUGCCGGUGCUGAGAGCGUGAGAAGAGAAGGGAUGGUCAGGAGAAAUCGAUCGACGUCCUCGCGACACUCUCACCAGGAGGGAUCUACGACCCCCAACAGCCCGGCUCUGGCCCCGACACCGAACAGUGGACUCGGAAGGAGUAACACCGUACCCUCCAAGAAGUCUCCCGCUCUCCAGACGGGAAGAUUCAGACGCGAUGCCUCGCCUAUCCCCGGCUCGUCAUCUCGAGAGCCCAUGAUUCCGGCGACGACGGAGGAGCUCGUCGAAGUGCCUGAUCAGUCCCCUUCUGCCUCGACCAUUUCGCCUGUCCCAGCUGCGAUUGGCACAUCCAGCCUGGCUCCUUCUGUUGCCGGUACGGCAGGCCGAAGCCAGGAGAGGCUGCUGGAUCCGAACGAGGCAGCGACCCCCGUCAAGGAAAGGGGCCUUCCGAGCAUAUUCCAAAGAUCCCCCACAGGCGAGGGAGAGAAGAGACAACCGAACAAGUUGAAGAAGAAGCGGAUCCCUGAUAGUCUAAACCCGAGCGCGCAAAGCUCGGCCACAUCCUUGCCCGGUACGCACUCAGCCGCCGUGUCCCCUGCCAUUGAAGCCCCCAAUCCUAUGGACCUGGUGGGCGGUCCAAUCCCUGAGCAUGAAUCCCUCUCUGUCGGUCAGCAAUCGUCUGCAAUUGAUACACCAUCGGAACCCACUCCACGCGCAUCACAAGUCCCUUCAAGCAGCACCCUACACCCUGAGCAGACCCUCAAGGGCAAGAAGUCACCUCCAACAUCCCUUCAUUCAUCAUUUAACGAAGGUUCUGACAUCGAUCAGACUGAAGAGUCCAUCAUGACGACAUCUGCCGACGCGAAUGAGCCGGAUAAGGAUAAGAAGAAAAGAUGGAGGUUGUCGCGGCAACGGGGCCACGAGCACCACCCAUCCAUCACAUCACCACGUCUAGCAUUUGGGUCCAACGAUAAUGCUGAUGUUAGCGUGACCUCGAUUGGAAGCGGCGGAUACAAACCACGCAAGAGCUUCACUGGCGAAAGCUCCGAAGCCGGUUUCCAUGCCGCCGAGGCACAGAGCAGUCACGAGUCCCGCGACAAGGACGGCAGAGACGAAUCCAAGGGUCCUAUCGGUUGGAUUAGGAACAAAUACCGAGAGGCUAAGGAAAGCGCGGAGCAAAGAAGGAAUAAGUCGCCUCCUGCUGACCGGCAGUCCUCUCUCGGUAGUUCCAGUAUCAUGUCCGGAAGGGGCAAGAGCUUGGACCUACGGAGAGAUCCCGAGGAGAAGGUGCAUAACGACUACUCGGCGCCUGUGCCACCAUUGCCGUCUCAGCCGGCACCGGUUCAACCGUUAAUGGCUCCGUCGGGGCCAGCACCAACUUCGGCACCGGCGCAGCCAGUGUUACCUUUGCCGGCCCCAACGGCGCCGAACCAGCCAGCAUCGGCCCAGCCGACAGUACCUCAAUCGGCACCAUCUCCACCAGCAGCGUCCCAACUAGCAGCUGCAUCUCAACCGGAACUAGCGCCACCGCAACAUUCACAGACCGAAGAAGCACGGUAG